CGGCGAAGUCUGGGCAAGAGAGGUAGCCUUGGGUGUAUCGGUGAUGGAGUGAUGGGAGGAGCUGGAUAUGGGUCAUGGCAGCAUAGACUUUCUCGGCGGGCUUGUGGUCGGGUCGUCGAGAGAGGGCAUCAAUAACGGGGUUGCUUUUGCCGGGGGUAUGGCAAAUGGUGAAUGUAAACUAGGCAAGGAAGUCGAGUCAUCGAGCUUGGCGUGGGGUGAUGUCUUUCUUGGCGAGGAUGGAAGAAACGAUGGUGUUGUCAAUGCGGAUGGUGAAGUAUUGCCCGUCGAGGUACGGGUGCCAGACUGUGAGGGCGUGAAUCACAAUGAGGAGUUCCUUCUCGUCGGAGGGGUAAUUCAUCUCCGCGGGAAGGAGCUUCUUGCUUGUGAAGGCGAUGGGGUAUUUGCCGGAUGGAGCCUCGGGGUGAGUGGGCGAGUCCUUGAUGGAGGGGGUCUCGGCGGUGUCCCGGGAGGAAUGUUGGGACCGUACAACUCCAAUGGCGAAGUCGAAGGCAUCAGUGGUGACAUAGAAAUGGCGAGGCUCGUCCUUGCGUGUGAGUUCGUGGAGAGGGUAAGAGAUCUCGAAAAAGUUGCGAAUGAACGGGCGGUAAUAGUUGGCAAGGCCGAGGAAGGAACAAAGUUGGAGGAGGGUCUUGGGCGAGGGUUACUCGACGAGGGUUGUGACCUUCGAGGGGUCCAUAGGGAUGCCUUUAGCGGAGACAAUGUGGCCAAGGUAUUCGACGCUCGAAGCGGCAAACGUACAUUUGUUGAGCUUUGCGUAGAAGUUUUGCUCUCAGAGGAUCAAGAGGACUUGGCGAAUGUGCUGAAGGUGGGACUCGAAGGUGGGGCUAAAGAUGAGGAUGUCAUCAAGGUACACGACGACACAGACUUCGAGGAGGUCACGAAAGAUGUGGUGCAUGGUGGACUGGAAUGUGGCGGGGGCAUUGGUGGCAGUGAGAAGGUUGGCCCAUUGGAGGAAGGAGUGACGAGGUCCUCCGGAGGCGCGGCGGUUGCUGACUUCGGCCAUCCACCAUUUGGCGGCAUUGCCGAGGAGGCGGGAUGUGGCAAUGGGAAGCCAGUGGACAAGGGGCAUGUGGUGGAGCUUGAAAGAGUUAUGGAGAUGGGUAAGGAAGAGGAAAACGUCCUCGUGGGGAAGAUCGGAGAAGGGCAUGAUGUCGACGGAUCGGAAAGAACGGGGGAUUUCCCCUUCGCGGGAAACGAUCCGGGCGAGGGUGUUGAAGUUGAGGUUAUCGGGGGUAGUGUCAUAGCAGGUGUUAUCGAAUGGGCUGUUGUCGUCAAGGAGGUAGUUGGGGGGAUGUUGUGGCAUUGCGGGUGGUGGAUAUCCGCCACGGAGUCGGCGCGGAGAGAGCUCAUGUUGAGGCUUGAAGCACCUUCGGCCAUUGGAGAGGACGAAGGCGAGGUGGCGGAUGAAGAUGGAGUAGUGGAGGUGGUAGCAGCCGAUGUGAUAGCGGCAGCGGUGGCGGCGGCAGCAACAGCGGCAGCGGCGGCGGCGGCGGCGCGUUGGGAGAUCUUGGUUUGGCGUGGUGGCAUGUGCAGAAGGGGGGAACAAUUCCUAUUUACAAGAGUAGAGCGUCAACAAGCCACUUCGUCAGGAGUUAGUCAUAGUGGUUCUCAGGCUUCCAUUAGCCAGAGUGUUGGCUUGCAAGUCAGCCAGCAGGCUCAACUCACGCCGGAGGAUUAUGAGAUCCUCCAAGCGGAAGAACUUCAAGAUGAGCUACAGCGGCAAUUGGAUGAGGCAGUAGAGAGAAGAAGAAGAGCAAUCAUGAGAAAAGCUAGACUAGGUAGUAGAUUGCAGGAGCUAAGCAGAUUAGAAGCAUUAGGUGAGUCAACACUUGACCCUGCGAUGCGAGCGCUGCGUAACUCGCUCCUUUGUGUGGCGGAGACGCAGGUAGUUCAGCAGGAGGUGUUGGCUGAACUAGUGGCAGGCCAGAAAAGAAUUCUAGCUGCACCACAGGCUCCUCGUCCAGUGAUGAGGCAACCUCAAUUUGCCGUAGCUCCCCCUUCGGGUGCGGGUCCAUCAGUGACACCGUCGCGGGUAGGGCCUUCAUUCUCACCUAUGUUUGGCAUGCCCCCUCCAGGUGGUUAUGUGGCGACUAGUGGUCCUGUCCUUAAGAGUCUCAGUCGUACCAUCGACGACAGUGGUUACUACAGUCCCACUGACAAGCCAGGCCCAGUCACCACAGACGCUAGCCAAUAUGGGAUAGGCGCGGUCCUUGUGCAAAAGGAGGGGACCAAGUGGAGACCUAUCGAGUACAUGAGCAAAACGAUGUCAUCUCAGAAACUAGCCAGGUCUACCUACGAGCGUGAGAUUUACACCCUUUACCGAGCGCUGGUCCAUUAAUGACACUAUCUCCUUGGCAAAUUCUUUUAUGUGAGAUCUGACCAUUAGACCCUGCGCUGGAUCAAACACAACUGGUACUCUCUGACGCACUCAAGCGAUGGAUUCAAGUGAUAGACAUGUAUGACUAUCAACUUUAUCCAAUCAAGGGAGAGUACAACAAGGUAGUUGAUGCACUCUCACGUCGGGCAGAUUACUUGGGCGUGCAAGUGACUGAAUUUGGCAUAUCUAAUAAUCUAACUCGAUCUUUGGUGGAGGCCUAUCAGCAAGACUCAGUUAUGUCUGAGAUCAUCCGUAAGUUCAAAGAGAAGGAUAAAGUAACUUCUGAUGA